AUCCAACAGGUGUCCUGGAGCUAGGACACCUCCCUACUUCCAUUCUGAGCCUCCAGAUAUGUGAGAUGUACCAGAGUUCUGGGUGGGGCCUUUGAGCUCCCUACUUUUCCCUUUCAGCUCCAGAUCCUCUCAGAUUCCCACAGAUGGGUUCUAGCCAGGGAGGGUGGGGCUACUCCUGGGACCAUCAGGAGGAACCAGCUACAUAGUUGGUGACAGAGUAGUGGCAGGAAACAACCUCUCACCUACCUCUGUGCUUCCAGCUGACUUUAGUAGACCAUGUCCCAACACCUGUUUCUCCCACUUGUAAUCCUGGUGGUCAGUCCCAUACCAGGAGCCUUCCAGGACUCAGUGGUCAGUCCUACCCAAGGAGAAUUUGAAGACCUAGACUGCGGCCGCCCUGAGCCCUCUUCCCGCAUCGUGGGGGGCUCUGACGCACAUCCUGGCACUUGGCCGUGGCAGGUGAGCCUGCAUCAAGAUGGGGGCCACAUCUGCGGGGGCUCCCUCAUCGCCCCUUCCUGGGUCCUCUCCGCUGCUCACUGUUUCGUGACGAAUGGGACCUUGGAGCCUGCGGACGAAUUGUCAGUCCUGCUGGGCGUGCAUUCCCAGGACGGGCCCCUGGAAGGAGCGCAGUUGCGCUCAGUGGCCACCAUCCUGGUACCGGACAACUACAGCAAAGUGGAACUGGGCGCAGACUUGGCUCUACUGCGCCUGGCCUCGCCAGCCAAGCUGGGCCCCUCCGUGCGGCCGGUCUGCCUGCCUCGUGCCUCGCACCUCUUCGCUCACGGCACUGCCUGCUGGGCCACUGGUUGGGGAGACAUCCAGGAGGCUGACCCUCUGCCUCUCCCCUGGGUUCUACAGGAAGUGGAGCUAAGAUUGCUGGGAGAGGCUGCCUGUCAGUGUCUCUACAGCCGGCCUGGCCCUUUCAACCAGACUUUCCAGCUGUUGCCAGGGAUGUUGUGUGCUGGCUACCCAGAGGGACGAAGGGAUACCUGCCAGGGUGACUCUGGGGGACCGCUGGUCUGUGAGGAUGGUGGCCGAUGGUUCCUGGCGGGAAUCACCAGUUUUGGCUUUGGCUGUGGACGGAGGAACCGCCCUGGGGUCUUCACUGCAGUGGCUUCCUAUGAGUCGUGGAUUCGGGAACACGUGAUGGGUUCAGAACCUGGGCCUGCCUUUCCCAGCCAGCUCCAGAAGCCCCAGUCAGAACCCUGGGAGCCCAGAGGAGAAAACUGUACCUUUGCCCAACCAGAGUGCGGGAAGGCUCCGAGGCCGGGGACCUGGCCCUGGGAGGCCCAGGUGACGGUGCCAGGCUCCACACCCUGCUAUGGAGCUCUGGUGUCUGACAGAUGGAUCUUGGCACCGGCCAGCUGCUUUCUGGACUCAGCCCACGACAUCGAGAACUGGCGGGUGCUGCUGCGCUCCCGUCCGGAGGAGGAGAGGGUGGCGCGCCUCGUGGCGCAUGAGAACGCUUCCAGGGACUUCGCUUCGGACCUGGCGCUGCUGCAGCUGAGGACGCGCGUGAACCUGACCGCGGCCCCGAGUGCCGUGUGCCUGCCCCACCGCGAACACUAUUUUCUUCCCGGGAGCCACUGCCGCCUGGCUCGCUGGGGACGCGGGGAACUCGCCCCUGGCUCCAGCGCGCAGCUGGAGGCGCAGCUGUUGAACAGCUGGUGGUGUCAUUGCCUGUACGGCCGCCAGGGGGAGUCCGUGCCGCCGCCAGGAGACCCACCGCACUUGCUUUGUCCCGCCUACCUGGAGGAGGAAGAGGCGGGCCUAUGCUGGAAAGAUUCCAGUUGGAGCCUUCUGUGUCGUGAGGAGGGGACGUGGUUCCUGGCAGGAUACAGAACCCUCUCAAAUGGCUGUCUUCGACCCCGAGCCUUCUCUCCAAUGCAGACUCAUGGUCUAUGGAUCCGUCAUGUGACCCAGGGAGCUUACCUGGAGGACCAGCUAACUUGGGACUGGGGCCCCGAGGGGGAGGAGACUGAGAAACAGACGUGCCCCCCACACACUGAGCACGGUGCUUGUGGCCUCAGGCCGAAAUCCACUCCAGCUGGUGUGUUGUGGCCCUGGCUGACGGAGGUGCAUGUGACUGGUGAUAGAGUCUGCACUGGGAUUCUGGUGGCCCCAGGCUGGGUCCUAGCAGCCACUCACUGUAUUCUCAGGCUGGGCUCUACAACAGUGCCUUACAUUGAAGUACAUCUGGGCCGGGCAGGGGUCAACUCCCUGCCACAGGGCCACCAGGUUUCUCGGUCUGUCAUCAGCAUCCGUCUUCCCCGGCACUUAGGACUUAGACCCCCCCUGGCCCUACUGGAGCUGAACUCUCGGGUGGAGCCCUCCCCAUCAGCUCUUCCCAUCUGCCUACACCCAGGGGGUAUUCCUCCAGGGGCCAGCUGCUGGGUUCUGGGCUGGAAGGACCCACAGGACAGAGUUCCUGUAGCUGCAGCUGUCUCCAUCUUGACACCACGACUCUGUCACUGCCUCUAUCCGGGCAUUCUGACUCCUGGAACUUUCUGCGUCCUCUAUUCAGAGGGACAGGAGGAUAGAUGUGAGGUGACCUCAGCACCUCCUCUCCUGUGCCAGACUGAGGGAGGUCCCUGGGUUCUCGUGGGCAUGGCUGUUCGAGGUAGCCGGGAGCUGUUUGCAGCCAUUGGCCCUGAAGCAACGUGGAUAUCGCAAACAGUGGGAGAAGCCCAUUUUCUUCAUCUCAGUGGCUCCCCCUACUGGUCUCCUGAAGGCAAUGACCUCUGCCCCCAAGACUUGGCAGGAUCUGCAAGCUCCCCUAAGGUUGCUGCCCUGCUUCUGCUCCUCCUACUGGCUUUACUGAUCCCUCGCUGAGAACCUGGCUCCUCUUCACACCACCCAUCAGGGCUGGAAUGUGGCCCAACCGGCCAGCUCCCAGGCCGGGAGAGGGCCUCUUCCACCUGUACUGCAUCAGCUUUCAGAUAAUUGGACCUCAGUGCUGGCUACUUUGAGUCUAAGAAUCCUUGGGGGUGGAGGAGGAACAGACAAUAAAAAUGUAAAUACAGA